AUGUGUGCAUUUAUGGGAGGCUCCGUCUUCCCUAUCUUUAUCAACGUUUACAAAGUGGAAGCAGCCCGCUACCAGAGGCUCUCAGGCGUUAUGGACCUUGCUUGGACCAUUAAGGCAUUCACCGCCGUGGUAUGCGAUACAUUCGCCUUCCUCGGUUACACCAAGCGCUGGUACAUGUUUGCCUCGUGCGUGGUGGGCAGCGUCUUCGCGUUGCUCUACGGCCUGCUGCCCGCCAAGCCCUCGUCUGGUGACAUUGCUUCCUGUUUCGUCUUCCUGAGUUUAUACGGCGUAUCGAGUGUGGAUAUUCUUUCCGAAGGCUAUUACAGCCGUCUUAUGCGUAAGAUCCCCAAGGCUGGUCCGGCACUGUUGAGCUGGAUUUGGUGGUUUAUUAAAUCUGGAGGUACUGCAGGCACUUUGAUCAUAGGCCCGCUAUCCGAUCUUAAGAUGCCGCAAGUCGGGGUGUUCAUCGCCGCUGGGCUGCAGUUCAUUGCAUCUUUGAUCUACCUCUUCAACCUGUACGGCGAGAAGACGAACCGCGAGGAGCGCAUUGAGGAUGCAUGUAAUAUGCACAAGGAGCUACUCCUGGAUCUCGAGAAGGGGAAAACACUAAGCCGUAUGGAGGGGAGGGAAGGCACUUUCGAUGUGGAUCAGGAAAAGGCUCUAGAGUUGUUGGAGGCGAGCCCAGAGCUUCUUCUGCCGCAGCCGAUCAACAGUUGCUGUGGAUUUGUCGAGAUCAACAAGGAGGUCGUCAUGCGGAACAAGAGGGUUAUUGCAUACAGUGCUGUCAUGACAGCCUCGGCCAUGAUCAUGGCUCUCGCCAACGUCUUUGCCGAUACGCUAGGGUUGCUUAUUAUCUGCGUAGUGGUGUCGCUUGUGUGCUCCGUGAUGUCCUUCUGGGCAUUGCCGCUCGUUAUUGCAAAGAUUAAUGUAUUUAAUUAUUUCUGUACAUCGGUCUUCAUAAAUCUACCUGGGAUUAACAAGUUCUACAUUGCUGGACCCGAUUGUGUUCCUGGUGGGCCGCACUUCUCUUUGACUUUCAUAUACACCGUAUGCACUGUCAUCUCUACCGUUUCGUAUAUAACCGGUAUUUUGGUGUUCAACUACUUUUUCUCAAAGUCCAACUACCGCAAAAUUAUGAUCAUUACCACGAUCGUACUCACACCUUUGAUAUUGCCCGAAGUCAUGAUGCUCAAGCGUUGGAAUAUACAGGUCGGCAUUCCCGAUCACCUCUUUUACAUCGGUACCAGUACUAUCAUUCCACCACUGAUUAACAUGCUUAUAUGGAUGCCAGCGACAAUACUGUUGUCGCGUCUGUGCCCACGAGGCUCCGAGAGCACAGUGUUUGCGCUCCUAGCCAGCUUUCUCAACCUCGGCUACACCACCAGCACUUCGAUAGGUGCCAUCCUGAUGGAGUAUGUGUGGCCCAUCAAAAGUAAUCCGCCAUGCGACUUCAAGAACGCCGUGAAACUCGUUAUUUUCGGUCACAUCCUCUUACCGCUCCUAGUCAUCCCGCUGACCCUGUUGCUGCCAAACGUCCGUCUCUCUGACGAGAUCGACGUCGAUGGCAACGUGAUAUCGAAAAAGACAGACGAAGAGCCUCACGUAAAGCUUGCCAAGGACAGCAACGAGGUCCAUUGA